CUCAACCUGCAACCAAGCUAUAACCUCAAAUUCUCCCAAAAUUUUUCUCGUCAUCCUUCCUUUUCUACUCAAAAUGACCACUAAAGCAAGCACAAAAUUCUUGGCUUGUCUUUCGUUUCUCAUUUUGAUCCCGAUUCUCAGAGUUGAAGCUUACUGUAUCUCUGGUUGUAAGCUUGCUUUAGCUUCGUACUACGUUUGGCAAGGCGCAAAUCUGACAUACAUUAGUGAAAUUUUCGGCCAAAAAAUUCCAGAGAUUCUCAAAUACAAUCCAACAGUCCCCAAUCCGGAUUAUGUUCCAAGUACAACCCGAAUCAACUUGCCGUUCACGUGCGAUUGUUUGAACGGCGUCUUCUUAGGUCACACUUUCACUUACUCAAUUCAACCAGGCGAUACGUACCGUAAAAUUGCUCAGCAAGAUUUUUCUAACUUGACGACGGAGGAUUGGCUGGAGAGGGUGAACUCGUAUGAACCUUCAGAUAUACCAGAAAACGUUGGGAUUAACGUCACCGUCAAUUGCUCGUGUGGCAAUAGACAUGUAUCGAGGGAUUAUGGAUUGUUUUUGACGUACCCACUCCAAAGCGGCGACACGUUGUCGAAGCUCGCAGCGGCUUCCGGUGUGCCGGCGGAGCUCAUACAGACUUAUAAUCCCGCCUCCGACUUCAACGCCGGAAGUGGACUGGUGUUUUUGCCGGCCAAAGAUGACAAGGGAAGCUUUUUACCUCUACAGAUUAGAUCAGGAAUAUCUGGGGGAGCUAUUGCUGGAAUAUCUGCUGGAGCAGUUUUUGGGGCCUUAUUAUUGGCUCUUGUUCUGUAUGUUUUUCUAUAUAGAAGCAAGAAAGUGGAAGAGACAUCCCUUCUUCCUGGACCAUCUGAAGAUCAUCAGUAUCUUCAGAUUGGACGAGGCUCAGGAAGCAGCUUGGAGAAGGCUUCAGAAUCUGGAGAUGUGGCUUCUCCAAGGCUGACAGGAAUCACAGUAGACAAGUCAGUAGAGUUCUCAUAUGAGGAGCUUGCCAAAGCAACCAAUGGUUUUUCUAUGUCUAAUAAGAUUGGUCAAGGUGGCUUCGGAUCUGUUUACUAUGCAGAGCUUCGAGACGAGAAAGCUGCAAUUAAGAAGAUGGAUAUGCAAGCUUCAAAAGAAUUCCUUGCUGAACUCAAGGUUCUGACACAUGUUCACCACUUGAACUUGGUACGCUUAAUAGGAUAUUGUGUUGAGAGCUCUUUAUUUUUGGUUUACGAGUACAUUGAGAAUGGAAAUUUAGGUCACCAUUUACGUGGGUCUGGAAGAGAACCACUAUCAUGGUCAACUAGGGUUCAAAUUGCUCUGGAUGCAGCAAGAGGACUUGAAUACAUCCACGAGCAUACAGUUCCCGUCUACAUUCAUCGAGACAUCAAAUCAGCAAACAUUUUGAUUGAUAAGAACUUUCGUGGAAAGGUUGCAGAUUUUGGUCUGACAAAACUUGCUGAAUAUGGAAGUUCUUCACUUCUUACAAGACUUGUGGGUACAUUUGGGUACAUGCCUCCAGAAUAUGCACAAUACGGUGACGUUUCACCCAAAAUUGACGUGUAUGCCUUUGGAGUAGUGCUGUAUGAACUUAUAUCUGGCAAGGAAGCUAUUGUGAAGACAAAUGAACUUGUGACAGAAUCAAGAGGACUUGUUGCCUUGUUCGAAGAGGUUUUAACGAAGUCCAAAGACAAAGAAGGUCUUUGUAAACUUGUUGAUCCCAGGCUUGGUGAUGACUACCCUUUUGAAUCAGUGUAUAAGAUGGCUCAGCUGGCAAAAGCCUGCGCACACGAGAAUCCUCAACUAAGGCCAAGCAUGAGAUCAAUUGUGGUUGCAUUGAUGACACUUUCUUCUUCAACAGAGGACUGGGAUGUUGGCUCCUUUUAUGAAACCCAAGCAAUGAUGCAUCUCGUUGCUGGAAGGUAGCUUCUUUUAAUCUAUGAGCUAUGACACACUCAUUUACACCUUCAAGUUAUAGUGGAGGCAAUAUAUAUAUAUAUAUAUAUGUAAGUAUGUAUGUAGGUUUUAAUGGCUUCAAAGUUACAAGAUUUUUGAAUGUAAUAUCAAAAAUAUGAUUCUAAUACUCUGCUACUGUAUGUGAGUCAUUAUGUUCACGCUGAACUUACAUAGGAAAUUUCUUGAUGAUGAUAAGGUCUAAAAUUUUUAA